AGCGCCCAGCACCCGCUAAGUUUAGCCUGGCGGAGUGGCAUUUAUGAUUUGGCCCAUGUGAUGCUGGAGCGGAUACGUCAUUAGUCCUAACUUAGUUAGUCCCCAACGAGCUACCCCAGAUAAGGGAGGUGUCGCAUGCGUGCAGAGCCAGAGAGCUUGAGAGUCAGUGCAUGUCAGCAUGUCAAGUAACUGUAAUCGGGUAUGUUCGCAAGCCCCCACCGCCCUCCCCGGUAAGGCACGUCCCCCUAACCUACAGUAGAUACUGUAGCACCUCCCCCCCAGGCACCGGUCAACUGUCGCAGCUUAUCGCGUGCUUGGGGUCGGGGCGCUUGCACCCACUCACCUUCGUUUGAAAGGCAUCCAGCUCGAAGGUAACUUGAGCUUUACACCUACAGCAUCGAGACACUUCUCACCCAAAUUUACUAAAGCCGAUAAUCUGAACUAUGAGGGCCUCCUUGUUGACUCUCCUGCUGCCGGCAGCAGCCACAGCCCGUUUCAUUGAAGCAACCGAGAUCAACAAUGUCAUUCCUUAUCCUGAGGGCGUGCUUGGGGAUGGAUCCAAGGAGUCCUCGGAGAAGUUCCUUGUCGAGCUCUCUCCUGGCCAGACGAGAUGGGUGACCGAGGAUGAGAAGUGGGAGUUGCGCCGAAACGGCCAGCAAUUCAUGGACAUCACCGAGCACGGCGGCCUCGGCUCAUACCAUGUCAAGACCAACGCAAAGCCUGUCUUCCCUUCGAAAGUCCACCUCGAAUCUGAGAUCAAGCCUCUUCUCAAAAACUUGACCAAGUCGCACAUGAAAGAUCAUCUCGAGACCUUUACCGGCUUCCGAACUCGUUAUUACAAGUCCGAUUACGGCCGACAGUCAUCCGAAUGGCUUCUCAAGCAGGUCCAGAGCACGAUCGAGGACGCAGGUGCUGAUGAAUAUGGCGUCGCUGCAAAGCACUUUAAACAUCCAUGGGGUCAGAACUCCAUCAUUGCCACCAUUCCCGGCAAGUCUAAUUCGACUGUCGUCAUCGGCGCGCACCAAGACUCCAUCAACUUGUGGCUGCCUUCCAUCCUACCUGCCCCUGGCGCCGACGACGACGGCAGUGGGACAGUCACUAUCCUGGAGGCCUUCCGUGUCCUUCUGCAGUCGCAACAUGUCAUUGAGGGCAAGGCCCCGAACACCAUCGAGUUCCACUGGUACUCCGCCGAGGAAGGUGGUCUCUUGGGCUCACAAGCCAUCUUCUCCGAGUAUGAGAGACAAGGGCGUAUCAUCAAGGCCAUGUUGCAACAAGACAUGACUGGUUUCGUCCAGCGCACCAUUGACGCUGGCAAGCCUGAGAGUGUCGGCGUCAUCAUGGACUAUGUGGACUCUGGCUUGACUGCUUUUAUAAAGAAAGUCAUCGAGGCCUACUGCGACAUUCCGUGGGUAGAGACGAAGUGCGGCUACGCGUGCUCCGACCACGCAUCUGCUUCAAAGGCUGGGUAUCCUUCGGCAUUUGUUAUUGAGUCCGAAUUCGGUGAAUCUGACAACCACAUUCACGGCACAGACGAUCUCAUUGAUUACCUGUCUUUCGACCACAUGCUACAGCACGCGCAGAUGACCCUUGGUCUUGUGUACGAGCUUGGCUUCACCGAUUUUGUGAAACUGGAGAGUAAGUCGGGCAACUCAAAGUUUGGCGAAUUGUAACAUCUUGACUAGGUUGGCGACGGGGGAUUUUCUUCUGCAAUUCUAAAAUGAAAUAUAUACUCGUCUUCAAUAUUGAUUCAAUCCAUAUUGCGAUAGUUGAAUACACUCGGACC